AUGUGGUCAAAAGACAGGCUUUCUCAGAUUUCUAAAACUGUCUUCAUGAUUGGAGAGACAUUACUGUUCUCUGGUCUUGCUGUGACACCUCCUCCUUUUCAUCUUCCCUCUGCCACCCUGGCUCUGACCCCAUGUACCACCUUGCCUUAUUUUCAGGGCUGCAAUCCAUAUGCUCAGACUGGGCGUAGCAAGUUGCAGAGUCAGAGAGUGACCCUCAAUCAGCAGAUCAUUAAAGCCAUGAGACUGCGGGCUGGAGCUGAGAACCUCCUUCGGGCGACUGACAACAGCAAGGUGCGAGAAACAGUGCUGCUGGAACUGAGUUUUGUCAAUUCAAACUUGCAGCUGCUGAAGGAGGAGCUCGAAGGGUUAAACAGCUCUGUCGAAGUUUAUCAGAACGAAAAGGCUGCACUCUGCUUUCCCCUCAUUCCACUGGGACUGAAAGAGACAAAGGAAGUUGACUUUGUGACGUCCUUGAGGGAUUUCAUCGAGGAGCACUACGGUGAGGAUCCAGCAGAAUAUGAGGACGAGAUCCUGGAUCUUAUGGACCUGCGGCAGGCUGCCCGCACUCCGAGUCGGAAUGAUCUGGGUGUCGAGCUGCUUAUAUCAUACUACAACCAGCUCAACUUGUUGGAGAGUCGCUUCCUACAGCCUAACAGACACCUCGGUGUCUUCUUCACCUGGUAUGACUCGUUUACUGGUGUGCCUGUAUGCCAGCAACACCUAUCUCUGGAGAAGGCCAGCAUACUGUUCAAUAUUGCAGGCCUGUACACUCAGAUUGGCACCCGCAGUGAUCGCAAGACCCAGGCUGGUCUCGACAGCUCCAUCGACGCCUUCCAGAAAGCAGCAGGAGUGCUGAGCCACCUGAUAGAAACCUUCACGCACACUCCGAGUUUCGACAUGAGCCCCUCGAUGCAGAACAUGCUGAUCCGUUUGAUGUUGGCUCAAGCUCAGGAGUGUGCCUUUGAGAAGAUGGUUCUGCCUGGGAUCCACAACCAAUACUUCAACCUGCUGCGGGUGGCACAGGAAGCUGCCAAGGUGUCUGAGGUGUACAGCACUGUUCACCAGUUGAUCACACAGGCUCCUAUCAAGGAGCAUGUCCCUGUAGCCUGGUCAUACACAGUGCAGGUCAAGCUGGAACAUUACAGAGCACUGGCCCAUUACUUUGUGGCUGUAGCAAUGCUGGAUCAUCAGUUGAAUUCCCAGGAUGACACUGACCAACAGGAGAUGCUUCUCUGCCAACUCUACGAUGCAAUGCCUGAUGGCCUCGCACCACUUUCCAUUCUGAGAAGCAAAGAGGAACGUAAACGUGUUGGGAAAGCACAUUUAAGGAAGGCCAUAAUGGGCCACGAGGAAGCUGUGAGAGUUCAGAAUCUCUGCAAAUCUCUGAAGAAGAUCGAGAUCCUACAAGAGAUCCUGAGAGUAUCCCACAAACGCUCACUCACCAAGUAUUCUGAGCAUGAACAGGAGGAUGACUUUGACAUGAUGAAUGCCCCAAAUAUAAUCGCCAAAAGUGAUCAAAAGAUUGAAAUGGUACAGCCUCAGUUCUUCAAGGUGAAAGUGAGGGACUUUUUCCACAAGCUGGGGCCGAUUGGUGUGUUCUCAGCAAAACAGAAAUGGACAGCACCUCGUAAAAUCCACCUGACAGCAGGGGACCAGGAUCGUGGCUUCACCCUGCAGGGGGAGUCAGCCGUGCAGGUUACAAGCUUGGACCCGACCAGUGAUGCUGCUCGGUCAGGCCUGAGAGAUGGUGAUAUCAUUGUGUCUGUCGCAGGGAAGGACUGUAAAUGGGGCUCGGUGAGUGAAGUGAUUCAGAUGCUGAAGCAAAUGCCUGAGAAUGGAUUAGACAUUCAAGUCAUCAGCCCUCAAAGCCUGGAGACUGUGCAGCUGCCCAAGUGUGCAACGUACAGCGGAGGGUUACCCAAGACAUACUCAUUGACGUGCCUGACUCUGGAUGAUGCAAAGAGCAGGAAAGGCAAGAAAGUGGUGAAGAAACUAUCAUUCCUGAACUGGGGUAUUAAGAACACAAAGAAGACAGCAAGUACAGUUAGCCUUCCCGUGGCAGUGGAUAGUGGUCCCCAGCAAAUUUCCAACAGACCGACAUUAGAUGGAAGCUGCCUGUACUGAGGGAUCCUUCCUGCUGACUGGACUCCCGAUUCUAACCCCUAACACAAUGUAGACAUCUCACCCUGCCUGUGCUCUCACUUGGACCAUAAGCCAGAAAAUGGAGGCUUCCUGAAUUAUGUCUGAAAGAUGUGGACAAGCACCGUUUAACUCCCACAAAGUGUCCUCAUAGCAGAUGCAGUAUGUUUUCUGCUUGAUGUUCAGCUGCCUUAAUCUCAACUCUUGCUAUGCAGCUCACUGUGACUGACCAAAAGUAUCACCCUCAUACACAUUUCAAUAGCUGAUCACUUUCUUCCCAGAAUGAACUUCUGUCUCGAUGUCCUACAGCAUAACUGGGAUGUCCUGGUUCUUCAUGCAUUGUGUAUGUGUUUCUUUUACAUCCUGCUCCACCCUCUCCAAUUGAAGCUUCCACUUGACACUUUGAUAAAUGACGAAGGGAGAGGGCAGAACACUUUUUGCUGACACACUGUCUCAGUUUCUGGUAGAAAUUCUGGUCACUGGUCAAUUAUCCUCCUGGUUGGUGCAAACUCCAGACAUGGGCUCAAACGGCCUAAGGUGAACUGACAUCUCCUCUAUCAAAUUUGAGUCUUUGAAGAAUGAACAAGCAACUGAUUCCUCUCCAUUUAAAAAGAAAUUUGUGUUUUGGAUUGCGGAGGUUGUAUGGCCAAUACAAUACUUUGUUAGUUUAUAAAUACUGUCUACAGGGUAGAUUUUAAAAUAUUACUGUUUGAUACUCAAAUGAAAAUUGUGCCUUAAUUUAAUAAUUAGAAUAUAAAUCUUAAACAGCAAGUCUGAUUUAUUUUUGGGUAUGUCUUUAACUAUAUUUUAACAGGGUCUAUGUGGGUUUAACUUCAGUGAAUAUUUAUAAAUUGUUUUGUACAGAACCUGUCCUAUAUUUAACAUUUAAUCAAGAUAUGUGGGAUUUUCUUUCCACUGAGCUCUGUCCCACUCUGUCUGUACUGUGGGAUGGGGAAGUCCGAUUAAUGGCUCUUUGUGAUCUGACCACUUGACUCUAUAGGAUAGGACCCAUUCCCCAAGGAAUGGCAUUUUCUUCCUGGAUAAACAGAAGUGCUAUUACCUAUGAAAUGAGGAGGUGGUAAGGAGCACUCCUCAGUGAAGAUUAUUACUGCUGUCCCUAACAAACUGGUGCUGCCCACAAGGAUGUCAUUGCUAUUGGAACUCUGUCCCGCUGGUUCAGCAAUCACACCUUGUACAACACAGAAAGAGAGAGAGAACGACACAUAACUUCUGCAGCUUGAUCCUUCAGCCAUUGUUUUAUAAUUGGAUUAAUUGUCACGAUUAAAUAAAAUCUCAUUGUACAGAUGUAAUGUGCAGAAAUUAAAGAUCAAAUUAAGUGUAAAA